AUACGUACCGACUGGCCCCAAAAAAAAACUGAUAGCUGGCCAGCGAAAGCGUUGUUCGGUGAAAUUCCCUCUCUCAACCCGACCUGUUCCAUCUCUCAACACCAACUUCAGUUCAUCACCAUUUUCAAUUCCCACGUCAAAGUCGACAACCAGGGAAUUAAGAGAAGCCUGUCCACUGCAGCUUCUUGUCUUUCAAGUUCUGUUCUCUCUUUCCCGUCGACCGUCCGACCUCCUCCUCUCCGACUCCACGGUCAAUUGACUUGUUCAACAAACCGCCGCACAUCAUGUCUCGCAUUCUCCGACCCGCAGCUCGCCUAGCUGCUUCGACCCGGGCUCUUCGCGCUCCCGCUGCCCCUUCGUUCGCCCAGUCUGCCAUCGCUCGCGCUGCUCUUGCUCGACCUGUUGUCUUCGGUUCCGCCCAGACCCGAUCCUACGCCGACGGCCAGAGCUCUGGUGUCAAGGAGGUCACUGUCCGAGAUGCGCUCAACGAGGCUCUCGCUGAGGAGCUUGAGCAGAACGAGAAGGUCUUCAUUCUCGGUGAGGAGGUUGCUCAGUACAACGGUGCCUACAAGGUGACCAAGGGUCUUCUCGACCGCUUCGGUGAGAAGCGUGUCAUUGACACUCCCAUUACUGAGUCUGGUUUCUGUGGUCUCGCUGUUGGUGCUGCCCUCAGUGGUCUUCACCCUGUCUGUGAGUUCAUGACCUUCAACUUCGCCAUGCAGGCCAUCGAUCAGAUCAUCAACUCUGCUGCCAAGACCCUCUACAUGUCUGGUGGUAUCCAGCCUUGCAACAUCACCUUCCGUGGCCCCAACGGCUUCGCUGCUGGUGUCGGCGCUCAGCACUCCCAGGACUACUCCGCCUGGUACGGCAGCAUCCCCGGUCUCAAGGUCGUCUCUCCCUGGAACUCCGAGGAUGCCAAGGGUCUCCUGAAGGCCGCCAUCCGCGACCCCAACCCCGUCGUUGUUCUCGAGAACGAGUUGAUGUACGGACAGAGCUUCCCCAUGUCCGAGGCUGCCCAGAAGGACGACUUCGUCAUUCCCUUCGGUAAGGCCAAGAUUGAGCGAUCCGGCAAGGACCUGACCAUUGUCACCCUCGGGCGCACCGUUGGCCAGUCUCUCGUUGCCGCCGAGAACCUCAAGAAGAAGUACGGUGUCGAGGUUGAGGUUAUCAACCUGCGAUCCAUCAAGCCUCUCGAUGUUGAGACCAUCAUCCAGUCCGUCAAGAAGACCGGUCGUCUCCUGUCCGUCGAGUCUGGCUACCCUGCCUUCGGUGUCGGAUCUGAGAUCCUCGCCUUGACAAUGGAGUACGGCUUCGACUACCUCGAUGCCCCUGCUGCCCGUGUCACCGGUGCUGAGGUCCCUACCCCUUACGCCCAGAAGCUCGAGGAGAUGUCCUUCCCCACUGAGCAGCUGAUUGAGGACUACGCCGCUAAGGUCCUCCGUCUGUAAAAAAGAGAAAUGAGGGUUGAGAGAGAAUAUAGCUUACCUGCUUGAGCAUGUCAGGUCGACGCCCAUGCCUACGUAUUGUGUAUGACAGAGCUUGCUUCAUGCUACCCAUCGUGGCAUAUGAAUUGCGAUGCGGAUGAAAAUCUGAUCCAAUUGGCGUAUUUGAUGGACACUUUUUUGAUAGACGUGCGGAAGGGAAGGGAAAUGUAAUUUUACCGCGUGUUGCCGUGUAUAGUCAGGGCAUAGCAGCCGUCUUAUUAAUGAUCUACCAAUUCA